AUGCUUUACGGCAGGCCAGAAGCGAUCGUCCAAGCUGCUAUUAGAAAAAUUCGUUCACUUCCAGCCCCGGAAAUAGAUCGACUAGAGAGUCUGGUCAAUUUUGCGCUCACUGUCGAAAACCUUGUGGCAACAAUAGAAGCAUGCGGUGUACAAGACUUUGUGUAUAACGCUUCGCUCAAAUUCGAACUGGUUGAAAGAUUACCACCGACGCUUAGAUUGGACUGGGCGAAGUAUACCCGAGGGAAUUCGGCCCCAAAUCUCUUGGACUUCAGUUCUUGGCUGUACUCUAUGGCGGAAGAUGCGAGUGCGGUUAUGCAGACAUGCUCCACUGCUCCGCGAAGUCGCAGUAAUAAGGGAGACGCGUUUGUCAACGUACACUCCGAGUCUACCAAAAAUUCGCGAGACCGAACGCGAGAACCAUUCAAAGAAUGCUUCGUUUGCAAAGGUUCUUGUCCAGUAAUCACAAAGUGCAAACGGUUCGGUGAACUGAGCUACGAGUCGAAGUGGUCAGUAAUACGAGAAGCGAAGCUGUGCCGUAAAUGCCUACGUAAACAUAACGGUACAUGUCGGCAACAAAACAAAUGCGGAAUCAACGGGUGCACUUAUUUGCACCACCCUUUGCUGCAUAAUGAGAAAACUGGAAGCGAGCAUGGAGCAGUAGCGGCAACGAAUUCCAGUUGCAACAUCCAUCAAACUCAGACCAGCGAUGUAUUGUUUCGGAUUAUUCCAAUAGUACUACACGGUCCUGCGAAGACGGUGCGGACGUACGCCUUCAUCGAUGACGGAUCCGAACUCACGCUCAUGGAAAAAUCACUUGCGCUGGAGCUUGGACUGCAAGGAUCUCAGAUGGCCCUCUGCUUGAAAUGGACAGGGGAUACCAGCAGAAUGGAGAAUGAUUCUCAAAAGGUUGAGGUGGCUAUUUCUUCCGCCAGGAAUACAUCCCAAAGGUAUAAACUCGAGGAUGUUCGUACUGUUCAGCAGCUGAAGCUAAGACCACAGACCUUGAUAGCCUCUGAAAUGCAAAGGCGCUACAGUCAUCUUGUCGGCAUACCUUUCGAUUCCUAUAUUGAUGUGUGUCCGCGUAUCCUGAUCGGUCUAGACAACGCACAACUAGGACAUGCAUUAAAAAUUCGAGAAGGCAAGUCAUCUGAACCCAUAGCCGUCAAAACACGUUUAGGGUGGAUCGUGUAUGGAAGUUGUUCAUCAGUUAACCACUCUGAAAGUUACGUCAACUACCAUGCGGUACAAGUGUGUGAGUGUAAUGACGCUUCCGAUGAAAAUCUCCACACAGCAAUGAAGAACUAUUUCGCGCUUGACAGCAUGGGAAUCUCCAACCCUGGAAAGACAUUACUCUCCGUAGAUGACCAGCGUGCAAUGGAGAUCUUGGAAGCAGUAACACAUCGUAAGGACGGCCAUUAUGAAUCUGGUCUUCUCUGGAAGUACGACGCUGUGCGACUUCCUGACAGUAAGGCGAUGGCCUUGAGAAGAUGGGAGUGCCUGGAGCGUCGGAUGAAGAAAGAGGAAGAAUUGGCUGAGGCUCUACGUUCAAAAAUGCUCGAUUAUAUCCAGAAAGGAUACGUCCGCAAAUUGACAGAGGAGGAGCUCAAAACUCGUCAGCCUCGUGAGUGGUACUUGCCAGUGUUUCCAGUUUACAAUCCAAACAAACCAGGAAAACUGCGAUUGGUAUGGGAUGCAGCAGCAACAGUUCAAGGAAUUUCUUUAAACUCGGUUCUAUUGAAGGGACCAGACCAGCUGACAUCCCUGCUUACUGUUUUGAUUCAGUUCCGGGAGUUCCGAGUCGCGGUAUGUGGAGACAUUCGGGACAUGUUUCACCAGGUCCUAAUGAGGAAGGAAGAUCAACAUUGCCUGAGAUUCUACUGGGAAGGAGACACUCCAGGUAGCGCGCCGAAUGUGUAUGCCAUGACGGUGAUGACGUUUGGCGCGUGCUGCUCGCCCACGACAGCUCAAUACGUCAAGAACAUCAAUGCGGAGCGAUUCGAAGUCGAGUAUCCGCAAGCUGUCGAAGCCAUUGUUAAAAAGCAUUACGUCGACGAUAUGCUUGCCAGCGUCGAAAGUGAAGCGGAAGCGGUAAAGUUAGCACAUGAUGUGAAGCACAUUCACGCUGCAGGAGGGUUUGAAAUGCGCAACUGGUUGUCCAAUUCGUCAAUCGUCCGAGCUUCCCUACAAGAAGAAACAACUACAGAGAAGUACCUCGGGGCCGAGGAAGAAAACAUUACCGAAAAGGUAUUAGGUCUGUGGUGGAACACAACAACCGAUUGUUUCACGUUUAAGGUAUCUCAACGAUACGAUCAAGACCUGCUAGCCGGAUGCCGCCGACCCACCAAACGUGAGGUGCUUCGAACGCUAAUGAUGAUGUUCAAUCCGCUGGGUUUCAUCUCGCAUUUUCUGAUGUACUUAAAAGUACUGAUGCAGGAGAUCUGGAGGUCGUCGAUUGACUGGGAUACCCCUAUUGAAGAACCACAGUUCCAGAAGUGGUUGAUUUGGCUCAAAGUUCUACCAGAAGUAGCCAAUGUCCAGCUUCCACGAUGUUAUAGACUAUCAGUGUCAACGGAUAGCAGUUGCAACAUUCAGAUGCACACGUUCGUGGAUGCGAGUGAGAGCGGAUUCGCAGCAGUUGUGUAUCUGAGGUUCGAAGAAGACGACGUUGUUGAGACUGCACUCGUCAGUGCAAAAACUAGAGUUGCUCCAUUCCUCGCUCAGAACUACAAGCUAGCAUUCUCGGUGUUCGGCUAG